AUGAAAGCCCANAAAGGCACCAUCCACAGUAUCCAAGACGUCUCCACCUCAGACACAAAAUGGGUCGCUUUGCGAAAGAUCUCCUGGACAGACCAAAGCAACGUGUGUCGCACCUGGGAAGUGGCUUCUCGCAAAACACGCGGUAAAGCCGGUGUCGACGCCGUCGCAAUGGGAAACAUAAUCCUGCAUCCUACAAAGCCUCCAACCACGAUAUUGGUAUUGCAGUAUCGGCCGCCUAUUGAUGCCAUUUCUGUGGAAUGGCCGGCGGGACUGGUGGAUGCGGAGGAAAGUGUCGAAGAUGCUGCUGUAAGGGAACUCAGAGAGGAAACAGGUUACGAAGGAAAAGUAACUUCUGUGAGCCCUAUUGUGGCUGCUGAUCCAGGAAUGACGAGUGCGAAUAUGCAGUUGGCUAUGAUGGAAGUGCAUCUCAAAGAAGGAGAUAAAGAACCAGAGCAGCAAUUGGACGAGGGCGAACAUAUCGAGCGUGUUGUUGUUCCCAUUGCUGAGCUCUACGAGAAGUUGGUCGAGUAUAGCAACAUGGAGGGGUAUAUGGUUAGUGCAAAGCUUUUCCAUUGGGCACAUGGUGUGCAUAUGGCAAAGACGAAGAGUUAUCUGUAG